CAUGCUUCAGCUCAGCUAGCCCCUUCUUCAGGAGGCUCUCGACCUCCCUAGGCAGGGUUGGUCCCCUCCUCUGGACUCCCAGGGCCCUCUAGGGCUCCCUCAUUCCAGCCUUGAUCACGGUGCUUCCUUCAUCACAGUCCGACCACUCUGGGCUGGCUUUUUUCUUGUUUUUAGAGAUGGGGGUCUCAUGCUUUCUCCUAGGCAUAGCUCACCGCAGCCUCGAACUCCUGGGCUCAAGCAGUCCUCUGACCUCAGCCUCCCGAGUAGCUGGGACAACAGGUGUGGGUCACUGUAUUGUGUCAGCCUCCCCGUUAGACUGGAGCCCCAUGAAUGCAUGGCACAGGACAGUCUCAUCAUUACUGCCUCGCCAGGAACAUUCAGCGAGGGGUCGACACAAAGUGAGCAUUGAACAAAGAUUUAGUGAGUAGCUCAGGAUCCCCAUUCUGUCCACGUGGGCACAGGGGACAGACCCUUCGGUGUCCGCUGUUCCCACUCCAAGGCACAGAGAUGGCGAAUGGAGAGGGAAUUGGAUUGCAGUUUCCCCCUUGGUCCGCCACGCGCUCUGAUGCAGUGCACAACCUUAGCUGCUGUGUGCAAUGUGGGGCGACUCCUCAGCCUGCGAGCAGAGAGGAGAGUUCAGAUUCCUCUAACAUAGGGUACCAGCCUUCCAGGAGGACGAGAAGGAAGGAAUGGGGAAGAGAGGACUACCUCCACCCUUUUCAACCCGUUGGUCUCCCGGGUCUGGGAGCCCUGGGCUCCACCCUCUCUGAACUAACACCUGGCGGUUGGGCGUGCCUCAGUUUCCCGGAGGCGGGGCGUUCCUCCGUCGCCACCGCCCCCGCCGCCCCUUUUUCCUCUUCCUCUUGAGGCAUCUGCGGCCGCGCCGCUAGCACUCCCGGAACUUAAACUAGGUGCCAGACGGUCCGGAGGCGGGGGCCACGUCAGCGGGGCCACCCCGGGCUCGCGGGGUCCCGGCGGGCGCCAUGCGGAGGGGUGUGCUCCUGGCGGGCGCCCUGGCCGCGUACACCGCGUACCUGGUGCUGGGCGCGCUGCUGGUGGCGCGGCUGGAAGGGCCGCACGAAGCCCGGCUCCGAGCCGAGCUGGGGACGCUGCGGGCGCAGCUGCUGCAGCGCAGCCCGUGUGUGGCGGCCCCGGCCCUGGACGCCUUCGUGGAGCGGGUGCUGGCGGCCGGACGGCUGGGGCGCGUCGUGCUCGCCAACGCUUCGGGACCCGCCAACGCCUCGGACCCCGCCUGGGACUUCGCCUCUGCUCUUUUCUUCGCCAGCACUCUGGUCACCACCGUGGGCUAUGGGUACACGACGCCACUGACUGAUGCGGGCAAGGCCUUCUCCAUCGCCUUCGCGCUCCUGGGCGUCCCGACCACCAUGCUGCUGCUGACUGCCUCAGCCCAGCGCUUGUCGCUGCUGCUGACUCACGUGCCCCUGUCUUGGCUGAGCAUGCACUGGGGCUGGGACCCCUGGCGGGCAGCACGCUGGCACUUGGUGGCCCUGCUGGGGGUGGUGGUCACCAUCUGCUUUCUGGUGCCUGCGGUGAUCUUUGCCCACCUCGAGGAGGCCUGGAGUUUCCUGGAUGCCUUCUACUUCUGCUUCAUCUCUCUAUCCACCAUCGGCCUGGGCGACUACGUGCCUGGAGAGGCCCCCGGCCAGCCCUACCGGGCCCUCUACAAGGUGCUGGUCACAGUCUACCUCUUCCUGGGCCUGGUGGCCAUGGUACUGGUGCUGCAGACCUUCCGCCAUGUGUCUGACCUCCACGGCCUCACGGAGCUCAUCCUGCUGCCCACUCCAUGCCCCACCAACUUCAGUGAGGAUGAAGACGAUCAGGUGGACAUCCUGGGCCCCCAGCCAGAGUCGCACCAGCAACUCUCUGCCAGCUCCCACACUGACUACGCCUCCAUCCCCAGGUAGCUGGGGCAGGCUCUGCCAGGCUUAGGUGUGCCUGGCCUGGAACUGAGGGGCCCUGGUGACCAGAGCUGGCUGUACGGGAAUGUCCACGAGCACAUGCAGGUGAUCCCAAGGCCUUGCCACCCACCGUCUCUCCUUUGCUUCCCAGCAUCCGGCUGUGAUGUGGGGGCGGCACUCCCUGUGCCUGUGUCCCGGGCUCCGCUGGGCACCGACGUGACCUUGCUCUCUGUCCUUUCUCUCAUCCUCCUUACACUGUGCCUCUCUGGCUGUCUGACGUUCUAGCUGUUUGUCUUUCCCUCUUGCUGUCUGUUUCUCACUCUCUUCCACGUUCCAUCUGUGUCUCUCAAUUAGUUACUCAUCAAGUGCCAAUUCUACUAGGCUCUGGGCUCGGACCUCAUUUCAGGCACCAGAUCUGUCACUACAUCCUGGACGAGUGACUGCCCCUCUCUGAGCCUUGACUUCCUCAGCUGACAAAUGGGAAGAAUAGAUGAACUCAUCCCUGAACCCCUCCUGUGUGCUGGCCCUGUGCUAGACAGUGCUGGAGACAUAGUUGGGGGUGGGGACCUGCUCACAUGGGGCUCGAAGUCCACUGAGGUGAUCAGACCUGUCCCCAGUGAUGGCCCCAAACGGGCAGGAUUUAAUGGAGGAGAUGAGGUGAUGAAAGCACAGCCGGAAUGGUUAAGGCUGAAGUCUGCGAAGCACAGGAACUAGGCCCAAUUGUGCCUAGAAGGUCAGGGAGGACUUCCUGGAGGAAGUGACGGUUGAACUAAUACCUGAAAUACGAGAAGUAGGCAGGAAGAAGUCGGACCUGACUCAUUUUUCUCAGGCCUCUCCAGGGAGCAGGACCCAUGGAGGGAGCUGUGGUGGUAUAGGUAGAAUCUUCCUCAGCAGCCUGGAAGGCAGGAAACUGACACAGGACCCCAUCCCAGAUCUGAAUGGUGUGGGAGGUGCUGCCCUUAGCCAUGACACCAUUGUAAGAGCUGUCCCCUUUUGUAUGUUGUACCCUGGAGUCAGCCUGCUUGAGCUCAGAUCCCAAGGCAGUGGAGUCUGGCCUGCGUCCUUGGGCAGUCACUCUACCUCUCUGCUUUUGUUUCCUUCUCUGUGAAAUGGUCAUCAUCAUAAUACGACUUCAAAAGAUGAUUUCAGGCUGAGUGUGGCGGCUCAUGCCUGUAUGCCCAGCACUUUGGAAGGCUGAGGAAGGAGGAUCACUUGAGGCCAGGAGUUUGAGACUAGCCUGGGCAACAGAGUGAGAACUUAUCUCAACAACAGUGAAAUCUAAAAAUUAGCUGGGUGUGGUGGUACACACCUGUGAUCCCAGCUACUCCAGAGGCUGAGGUGGAAGGAUCACUUGGGCCCAGGAGUUUGAGGCUGCAAUGAGCUAUGAUGGCACUGUUGCACUCCAGCCUGGGGGACAGAGCGAGACCCUGUCUCUUAAAGAAAGAGGACAGGUACAGUGCCUAAUGCCUGUAAUCCCAGCACCUUGGGAGGGUCACCGUGGGAAGAUCGCUUGACGCCAGGAGUUUGAGACCAGCCUGGCCAACAUAGCUAGACCCCAUCUCUACAAAAAUAAAAAUUGAAAAAAGGGAUGGGGAAUUUGAGCCAGGUCCCAAUAGUAGACAAGUAGAAAAGGCAUGGAGAGGCAUGCCAGGUGGGAGGAGCUGUGUGCAAAGGCCUGUAGAUGGGAAAGCAUGUUGGCCACCAGCUUCCAACAAGCAGUUUACUGUGACCGGAGUAUGGAGGGAAAGGGGGAAGAAGGGCAUAAGGGUGGGCAUGAGCACCCCUUAGUGUCCUUAAAUGAUAAGCCUGGGAACCUAGUCUCUCUUUCCUGAGGGCCCUAGAGAGCCAUGGAAGGGUUUAGAAUAGGAGAGGGUCAUGGUUAGGUUUGGGUUUUAGGAUGAUCCCCCUAGUUGCUGCGUAGAGGUGGCACAGAGAGGGAGACUGAGGCUGGGUGCCUAGCGGAGGCUGGGGCAGGAACCAAGAGGUAGACGAUGGGCCUGGGCUGAGCCGUGGAAGGCGGGUGUGGGGACACUCAGGAGCCAAGUGGACAGGCCACAGGCCUCAGACUGGAGGGACGUGGCCAGGAAAGGGCCUUUGGAGUGGCCAAUUAUCCCUGUGAUGGGGACUUGGGAGAAAGAGCAGGUUUUAGCAGAGUCAUUGAGGUUGGUUUAGAAUAUGGUGGGUGUGAGGGGCGAAAGGGACACCCAGGGAGGUAUCAAGAGGUCAUAGUGGGGCGGGCCCGGACUCAUGCCUAUAAUCCCAGCACUUUGGGAGGCCGAGGCGGGUAGAUCACCUGAGGUCAGGAGUUCGAGACCAGCCUGGCUAACAUGAUGAAACCCCAUCUAAAAAUACAAAAAUUAGCCAGGUGUGGUGGCAUAUGCCUGUAGUCCCAGCUACUUGGGAGGCUGAGGCAGAGAAUUGCUUGAACCUGGGAGAUGGAGGCUGCAGUGAGCCAAGAUCACGCUACUAUACUCCAGCCUGGGCGAGUCAGAUACUCUGUCUCAAAAUAAAUAAGGCAGGAGGAUUGCUUGAGCCCAGGAGUUCGAGACCAGCCUAAGCAAUGUAAAAUACAAAAAUUAGCUGGGCAUGAUGGUGUGCACCUUUGGUCCCAGCUACUCAGGAGGCUGAAGUGGGAGAAUCACUUGAGCCCAGGAGGUUGAGGCUGCAGUGAGCUGUGAUUGCACCACUGUACUCCAGCCUGGGUGACAGAGCGAGACUCUGUCUCAAAAAACGAAAAAGAAAAAGAAAAAAUACUUACAUUGGAUAUACUGUGUGCCAGGCACGAUUCUAAGUCCUUGAUACAUUCUCUACAUUUUGCAGAUGAGGAAAGGAGGUCCAGAGACAUUAAAUACUCGCCCAAGGUCACACAGAAAGUGCAACACCGGGAUUCGAACAAGGUUUUGGUUGGGCACCUUUUCCUGUGGGAGCUCAGAAAUAUCUGUUGUCUGGCCCUUUCUCAGCCUCCCAACCUCCUUGGCUCCUUUUUGACUUUGAGCUAAAGCCAGCUCGGGGCAGCUAGGUGCCUGUGGGAUCUGGCAUUCAUUUCUCACUGUUUCUCCUUUCAAAUACCUCUAGGGAAAAAAGUCUUUUUCAGUUCAAGACAUUAAAAAGGCCAGGAGCAGUGGUUCAUGCCUGUAAUCCCAACACUUUGGGAGGCUGAGGCAGGAGGAUUGCUUGAACCCAGCAGUUGGAGACCAGCCUGGACAUGUUAACAUAUCAAGACCCUUCUACAAAAAAUGUUAAAAAUGAGCUGGGUGUGGUGGCGCACACCUGUAGUCUCAGUUACUCGGGAGGCUGAGGCAGGAGGAUUACUUGAGCCUAGGAGGGUGAGGCUGCAGUGAGCCAUGAUCACACCAUUGUACUCCAGCCUAGGCUACAGAGCAAGACCCUGUCUCAGGAGAAGAAAAAAAGUGUGUGCUAAAAAAUUCAACAGGUAUAAAAGGGUACAUGGUGGAACGUAAGUCUUUCUCUUACCCUCAGACCAUGGAUGGAUGUCUUGGGUCUCCUUCCAGGCACAUUCCAUGUAUGUAUCAACCACAUGCAUGUGUGUGUCAUUUAUUUCUCUCUAUAUACAAGUGGCACCUAAUAUGGUGAGGUGGUUAUGAUUACAGACUAUAGAGGCAGAGUUCCUGGGUAUAAAUCUGAACUCUGUCACUCCCAAGCUAAGUGGCUCUGGGCAAGUGAUUUCACCUUCCUGUGCCUCAGUUUGCUCGUCUGUACAAUGGGAUGGUAACAGCAUCUACCUCAAGGACUUGAGAAGUCAGCAAUCUCAUCCCUGUAAAGCCCUUAGAGCAAGCAGUGUGUAGCACUCAAUAAAAUGUUGGCUAAUUAUGAUUCUCGCUUCUGUACUUUGCUUUCCUGUACCAAUUAUACAUAUUAAUAUUUUAA